AUGAGGUCCAGAUACCAAAGACUGCUGCCGGGGACGGCCAAGUCCGGCAACGCGGGCGGACGGACGCGAAAUACAAACGGGAGUGCAUCAACGCUGCCCACCUGUUUCGUAAACCCCAUUGCCUGCGAAAGGUGCCGUCGGAAAAAGGCAAAGUGCGAUGGCGAAAGACCAGCCUGCAACCGCUGCGUGCGAAACGGCACAAGCUGCCAGUACGACGCGGAUGUUGGCGAAUCCCGUGCCGCGGCGCUCAAGAAGAAAUACAGUGCGUUGGAGAAGGAAGCCGGGCAGCUGAGGAAGGGCGUUCACCAGCUGCAACGCCUCUACGGAUACAUCUGCGCGUCGUCCGAGGACGAGGCAUACAAGGUGUUCCAACACAUUCGGGCCGGUGACAACCACAAUCCCAUCGACGCGCUGCGACUGUUCGACCGAAAUGACGUCCUCGCCCUGGAGUGCACCGAGUCCCCCGCCUCAACCGAUAUGUCUGAUGACACGCGUGUUGAGUCGGCGAGCAAUGCCCUCUUUGAGGUCCGCGCUCUGCCGUGGUCCGUCGUCGCAAGUGACGAAGUCGUAUCGGAGCUCAUCUCGCAGUACUUCAUGUUCGACUAUUUAUAUGUUUUCCCCCCAAUACCACGUGUCACAUUUGUCGACGAGAUGAAACUGGGAGACGUGGCCGCUGCCACAUCCUGCUCGCCACUGCUGGUCAACGCCAUCUGUGCGCAACAGUGUUUCCUCUCCCCUAGGCAGCAUCUAGAUACCACGGUACGUGAGGUUCUGGCAGAAAGAUUCUUGCACGAGGCAAAUAGGUUACUCCAGAGCGAGGGAGGUCGACUGUCCCUCCCAGACGCCCAAGCCAUCUGUCUGAUAUAUGCUGCCGUGGCCGCAAGAGAUCAAGUCAGGUCUGGCGUUAUUUCCCAUGCGGAUGAGGCGUGA